AUGGUCGAUUAUAGCAAAUGGGAUGCGCUGGAGCUCAGCGACGACUCUGAUAUCGAGGUACAUCCCAAUGUCGACAAACGAUCUUUCAUUAGAGCAAAGCAAAACCAGAUCCACCUGGAACGGCAACAACGAAAACUGCAAAUCGAGGGUCUUAAAUACGAACGAGUGAUCAACGCUGCUCUUGAGGAGCGCCUCUCUACCUUGCUCUCCAAACUGAGGCUGACCAAUGAUCGAAUAGCUUCAACUGAUGUAUCUAAUGUUAUAUUCCGGACUAUCAUGGAGCUGGCUCCGCGAGAUGAGAAGACCGAUGAGCCGCCACCUCGUCCAGAAGGCGUUUACGAGAAAGAUCAAGCCCUGCCUACCUACACCAAGAUGCUGAUGGGCAUUUUGGACCAAGUUCAUAAGGACCUCAGGGAUGAGCAACAUGCCCCUGAGGAAAGCUUCAAGACCAUUCUCGACCAGUUCCAGAUCCAUCUAGACAAAAUCCGAAGCUGUCAGAAGGAUCUGCAAGAAAACCUUGCUGCAUUGGAGAAGCUCGAAACCACGAAGAUCACCAGCGACAGCUAUCACACAGGGUUUGAUAGCUCGCACGUCAACAAGGACAAUUCCGGAACGACCUCCGCGGCAUCAGCUACUACUGGCGCAGACGCACUGGACCCCCUAGAUGACAAUGCUGAGGAGAUGAGCGCCUCUUCUGUUGCGAAGGAGUUUGCGCGGAUCAAGAGGAAUGACUUCCACGCUAGUCAGCAGUUCAUUUCAGCGCACCCUGAGAUCCUCCGCGAGGCCGAGACAGACGGACUUCUGGUUGAGGCAUUCAACACAGUCUUUGAAGGAAACGAUGUUGAGCAGGCACGACAGUUUGUGCACCAAGCCUUGAUCCUACAGUGGUGCCGUCUCCUAGGCCCAGAUGGCGUGGCGCUAUUCUUCAAACGCAUCACAUCCCCAGGGCACCAGGCCCGCGCGCUAUUCGAGAAGGAAGUCUCGGAGAAAGUCGAGCAUAUCAAGCAGGCAGUGAAGAAGCACGCCAAGCGACGUGAGGAAGGCGUUGAAGGCGGUGUAGAACAGAUACAGCUCUAUGCUGUGGAUAAAGACACCGAGAUCCGUAUCCGGAUCCCACCGGCCGACAGCGCAGACGACGAUGGCAAGAAGGCCAGGUCGAUUUUCGAGACCUUUGAGCCUGAUAUGAAGGCCGCUCUGGAGACUGGCUCGUUGGAAGAGGUCAAUAAGGUUCUGGCAAAGAUGGACGUGGCAGAUGCAGAGACUCUAGUCGGUCUUCUAGGGGACUCCGGCUGCCUGAGUCUCGAAAAGGCCAUUAUUGAUGCUACAACGGAAGAAGGGAAGAGCCAGCUGAAAGACUUGGAACAUUCACACGAGAGCGAGAUCUGA